UGAGGGAAGGCGGCAGGGCGAACAUGGAUCGGUUCGUGGUGCGCUGCCCCCGCGGCCAGCAGAGCCCCCGCCGGGCCGCGCCCGGGCCCCGCGCCUGCCGGCAGGUCACCAUCGAGUCCCUCAAGGCAGUUGUGGUUGUGGAAGACAUAAAACGAUGGAAGUCUAUACUUGAGCUUCCUGGGCAACCCAAAGAGAACCUGAUGGAAGCUUUGGAGGAGCUGAAGAAGAAGAUACCUUCCAAAGAAGUGUUACUUUCCACUAAAAUAGGUCACACGGUGAACAAGAUGCGCAAACACCCCGACCCAGAGGUGUCCAGCCUGGCCAAGGACAUCUUCAGGGAGUGGAAGAGCUUCAUCAGGGAGCACUCCAACAGGCCCUCCAUCGAGGUCAGGAGUGAUCCCAGGACUGAGGCUUUCAGGAAGAACGCUCAGAAGCUGCUCAGUGAAGCCCUGGAACUGGAGAUUGAUCACCCACUGGCUGAAAAUAUUGAGCGCGAAGCUUUUCAUCUCUGCUCCCGCCUCAUUAGCGCUCCGUAUCGCCGGGCCGUGCGAGCCCUUGUCUUCUCAUUAAAGCACAGACCUGAGACCCGAGCAGCAGUCAAGGAUGGCACACUCCCUGUCCCUGCCUUUGUGCAGAGCCACAAAAAGUGAGGAGUUGUGCUUGAUCCCGAGGGAGGACUUGCUGUUCCUGCAUCUCCGUGGAACGGGGAGCCCUGACUGGGUGAUCCCCGGCACUGCUCCACAAACAGGAGAGAAAAACCAGUGGUGGAAUGGGUGCUGUAGAUUUGACUUGCUGGAAAU